AUGGCCGACGCGCUUUGCGGGCCUUCCAACGCCCUUCAGAACUUCCAGAAACAUACUACCGUCGAUCGGACACUGCAACAGGAUCGCCUGGUCGGCAGACAUUCACCAGCCCAAGGCUUCAGAUCAUCACCGGGACUAAAUGCAGGCACACUAGACUCCGAGUUCGAUGCAUUCCAAUCCGGUCGACCAGUGCCGGCGCACGACUUCCAACACUUCGAUCCGCGAUUCGCACAACCUCCUCCUCCUCAGUUUGCGCAACCUCCACAGGCACCCGACUGGGCUGCUGACUUCCAGCGCUUGAACGUCAGCAGCCCACCUCCACAGACGUUCCAGCAGCAGCGAACGCAGCCAGCGAACGCGGCAUCAGCAUGGCAUCAGGACUUCUUGAGGCAGCAGGCCCCGGUCGCGCAGGCGCCUGCCUUGCAGCAGACCACAUAUGGAGGCAUGUCGGGAUAUAACAUGGGUGGAUUCGGUGGACAGGCAUACAUGCAGACACCGAAUUUCCAGAACGCCCAGGUAUCCGAGGUCGCGCAAGGAAAGCAGCGCGCCCAAGAUGACGUCCCCGCCUUCGACGAGGCGGCCUUUGAACGAGCGUUUGCGCAGGCGCAACAAGACAUGAUGGAGGUCGUAGAAGCAGAGCAAGUACACACACAGCCAGCGCAAGAGGCGCUGGACCUAGAUCGGCCGGGUGAGAUGGAUCCUCUUCUUCAACGGAUACGAGAAACGCGGCCAGCUGUCUACUCUGCCAUCCAGGUCUGGAGUGAAACCGGUCUUGGACGAACCGACGAAGCGGUGACAUACCUUCAAAACAUGGAGAAUAUGGAACGGACCGGUACUUUGGUGCAAGAUGCAAACGAGGGGAGAUGGAUCGUCGACUCUCUGCAAAGAAUUGUAAACCGCGACGCCCCUCAGGAAGUCAAGACCCGAGCCGAGAAGCUCAUCACGGCAAUCAACCAACGCCUCAUGUCACAGUACCCACUGGGCUCACGGGUGCUGAUGAGCGAAGAGCAGAUAUGGCAGGACCUGGAAGCAGCAGGCUACAUGAGGACACCAGAGCCGAUAAUGCAACGGAUGGAACAAAGACCUGAGGAAGAGCAGAAGCAAGAACAACCCCCGAAGAAUGAUGAUGACGAGAUGGCGGCAACAGCAGGUCGACUGCUAGAGCGCGUUGCAGACAACACAAGCGAGAAGUUUCAAAACUCACAGUUCCUCGGGCUCAUGCGUCGUCUACGAGACCGUGAAGUAAGAGUGCAAGAAGACAAGAUUGUCGAAGUCGAUGGGGCACAACAGCAGACUGGAAAUACCACGUCCACACCACAGGUCAACAUCCACCAACAACCAUCGUCACAAUUCAACCAACAACAACAACAACAACCUCCAUCCACAACGCAAAUCCCCCCAAUCGAUUCCACAAUCCUCUCCCACGCGGCCACCGACUUCGAACAACCAAUCUAUUCGGGCGAUGAACCACCACAGUAUGCCCACACUCCUCCCCUAGCACCUAUCAGUGAGGAGUCCCUAAUAACUGAUGAGAUUUCAGAACAAUAUAGAUACUACAACAUUAAUGCCGCGUACCACAGCUGA